AUGAGUUACCAACGGCCUCUGUCAGGGGGCUCUAUCCCGAGAGAAACAGGGGCCGACUCACGUUUGGCCCGCACCUAUUCCUCCUCCCCGCCAACACCACGCAUCCAGUCCCUCAUCGACGAGGUCACGGCCCACGGCUACGUCGUCAUCCGCAACGCGUUUUCCCCGGCCAGCGUCGCCGCGGCUAAAGCCGAAGUCGCGCGGCUGAGCGCGGACCCGGAGACCGCAGGGCCGGCGGGCGCAAAGGGGCGCAACACGUUUGAGGGGUUCCGCACGCAGCGGCUGUACGCGCUGGCGGGCAAGUCGCGGGUGUUUGACGAGUUUGCGCUGCACGAGGAUGUGCUUGCGCUGAAUGACUGGUUCAUGGAUCCGGGGUACUUGAUUAAUUCGUUUCAGAGCAUCAAUAUCUUGCCUGGGGAGAAGGCGCAGACGAUGCAUUAUGAUCAUGGUGUGUGGCUCAUGGGAAUUGCGUGGAUGGCUUGGGGGGAGAGGAGAGUACAUGGCGUCAUGAUUGCUCUGGACGACUACACGGCGACCAACGGCGCGACGGUCAUCGUGCCGGACUCGCACCUCUGGGACUCGCGCCGCGUGCCCAAGCCCGAGGAGGCCAUCCCCGUCAUCAUGCCGGCCGGCAGCAUCCUGUACUUUGUGAGCCUGCUGUGGCACGGCGGCGGGGCGAACAGGAGCGACAAGAGCAGGCUGGCGUUGACGGCGCAGUAUUGCCAGCCGUGGAUCCGGCCGAUGGAGAAUCUCAUCUUGGCGGUGGACUGGGAGAAGCUGGAUGAGAUGCCGCCGCGGCUGGUGGAUAUGCUGGGGUACAAGGUUGGGAAUCCGUUUCUGGGGUUUGUGGAUGGGAAGAGUCCGCGGUGGGCGGUGGCGAGGCUUUUGAAAAAGUAUAGGGGGGAGAAGAAGGAGGAGAAGGAGAAGGCGAAGUUGUAG